AUGUCAAAGCUGACUCCUGCUAUUUUAGAGGGCGACUCGAGAUCAUUCUUCCAGCACGUUGAAAAGCUCUUCGCGGACAACGAGGAUGCCUACGAAAAAGCUUCCUUUGAAGCUAAAGUCGUGAGGUUUUGGAAGAGAUGCUCCCCUUGCAAGGAGACCCUAGUUCUAGCCUGUGUCGUUGAGGCAUUUGCGAAAUUGAGCAGCGAUACGUCUAUCGGAAAUAUCUUUACAUCGUCCCACACAUGUCCAAGCACAAGCACCUUGUGCGCCAACGUCAUUGAGUGCAAGUCCCUUGAGAAAGCCAUGGCAAAUCCUGACAGACCGGGCAAUUUUCAUGAAUUGGAAGUCGGAGCUGGCAUAGGUAGUAUGGCCGUGUACGUUGUUUGGCAUCUACGAAAGCUUGACGUUCUACUCGAGUAUGUGUUCAAAGACUUAUCUGCAUCAUAUGGUGCCGCUGCAAAACGCACAUUCAAGAAUUAUCUCAAGAUGGAAUCCACCACGCUGGAUAAUGAGAAAGAACCAACGGGAUCUUGUGUUCACACACUCCAGGUCGUCAUCUCGACGACUUGGAUGUGCGCGAAAGGAAACUUGAUCACAUGGUUAACAACGACUUGUGAGCUUUUUCGAGAUGAUAGUGUUGUAACAUUAGCCGUGCUCACACAAGAUAUGUUCUGA